GACCAAAAGAGAUUGAGCGAUUCGCAGACUCGAGGACGCGACUGUGUGAGAGAGAGAGAGAAAAUGGCGUCGUCAUCAUCGAGAGGAGAGAUGGAGAAGAUGGGAAUCGAUCAGCUGAAGGCGUUAAAGGAGCAAGCGGAUCUGGAAGUGAAUCUCCUUCAAAAUAGUCUUAACAACAUCCGUACAGCCACCGUCCGUCUUGAUGCCGCCGCCGCAGCUCUCAACGAUCUAUCUCCUUUGAUUGGCGAUGUUACCACCACCGCCGCUGCUAGAUGGCAUGAUGCAGGAACCUAUGAUGCCAAGAAGAAAACCGGAGGUCCCAAUGGAUCUAUCAGGUUCAAGGAAGAGCUAAACCGUCCACACAACAAAGGUUUGGAGAAGGCAGUCGCUUUUUUGUGGUAUAUGCCAAUGAUGGAGCUUGGUGUGUCGAGUGACAUGUUUGACAUCAAGAAGAACGCUUUGAAGAACCUGUCUAAGCAACAAAGUUCUUAUCGAAUCAAGCUUUUAUCGUCGUACAAGGAAAUGGUAGCUGUUGUUGUUGAGAUGGUAAAUGCAAGCAGAUCUCUGAGAUCUUAUACCAAACUAGGUACCGAGUCACUUGUACAGUUCUCUUGCUCUAAGGAAGAUUCAACAGUACUAUUUGGGCAGAAUUUGAAGCGGAGGAAACUGAUCGCAACUUUAGCGGCAAAAUAGGUUACGUGAGCAUGUUUCUAAAAUAUAUAUUUUGUUCUUCAACUACUCCAGGUUGGAUCCUGGAUUGGAGAAGGUGUCCUCUUUGUUGUUGUAAAUACUCUUGUCUGCGACAAACUUGAAUAAAUCAAGUUUCUUAGC